ACCUAGUUAAUAUAAUACUGUCACAAAGUGUGAGUUUAAGGUAGUGUGUAACUGUAGCGCUAGCUAGUACUCUGCGGGUUGGUGCACUGAAUAUGCUGACGCUGGAUGCCCCGCUUGUAUUCACCAACGCGGCUAAAUGCGUUAAACUAGCUGGCACAGAGAGAUUUGCUUUCAGACAACAGCUCGUUUGUGGUUUGUGUCCCAGUGUCACGGACACUGUAGAUGAAGUCCUGCAAAGUGCUGAUGAGUCAAAAGCUUGUGACCAACCCCACAAAGCAAACAGCCAGCACCGCUCGAGACUGAAUCACUCGUCCAGACACGAUUAGCUGGCAGAGGUUUUGGUUGGGGGAAAACCAGCUAAUGCGUUAAGAUACAUGAUCAUCUUCCUCUGAAGUCGAAGAACCAGCAAAACUACAAUCUUGUCGAUCGUUUGAUGUGGCAACUGUGGCGCUAAAAUAAUGAUAGGUGUGUAACUUAUUUCUCUCCUCCAGCCUGCUUUUGGAGAGGCAGAAAAAAAGACUAAAGGAGAUGGGAGACAUGUUAAGUUAUUAGCUCCAGAUGUGGUGGCAGGACGGUGGUGGAUGUCAGCUGGAUGUGAGAUAAACACGUAAAUAAACAGUCUACGGAGGAGGGGAGAAGAUGAAGCUGAAUGAACGCAGCGUGGCGCACUACGCCACCUGUGACUCACCGCCCGACAAGACAGGCUUCCUGUUCAAAAAGGGCGAGCGCAACACGGCUUAUCACCGGCGCUGGUUUGUCCUGAAGGGUAACAUGCUCUUCUACUUCGAGGAGCGUGACAGCCGAGAGCCUAUCGGUGUCAUCGUCCUUGAAGGGUGCACCGUGGAACUGUGCGAGUCAGCUGAGGAGUUCGCCUUCGCCGUCAAAUUUGACUGUGCCAAAGCGCGGGUGUACAAGAUGGCUGCUGAGAACCAGGCAGCCAUGGAGUCAUGGGUGAAAGCUCUGUCAAGGGCCAGCUUUGACUACAUGAGGCUGGUGGUGAGGGAGCUGGAGAGGCAAUUGGAGGAGAUCCAGGAGGCUGCAGGAGGGGGCUACGUCGGGGUUGGAGUUGGAGGCCUGCAGGCCAGGCCAAAGUCCUACCGGCGAUACCAGGUGGCACGGUCCAGGUCUGGAGCAUCCUCUUCUUCGUCAUCUUUAUCGUCCUUUUCAUCAACCUCAAGCGCUCCUCUCGUGUCAGUCCCCUCCUCUGCCCAAAAGAGCCUUCAGGAAGAGGUUAGGAUUGAGGAGGAGUGUUCCAAGGAGAAUGGAGUUGCGUGGAGUAAACAACCAGUCGCCUUGGUUAAUGGCUUCGUUGAGGCAGCGUCUUCCUGCGUGGCCUGGGAUGGCUGUGCAGACUCCGGGUAUAACACUGUGAUUGGUUACGGGGCUGAUGGGAUGAGGGCUCCACCAGUGCCACCCAGGAGAAGAGGAGCAUCUCUUGAAAGCCCCGUCUCGCCUGGCACUGGCUGCUUCUCCAAACUCCAUGAAUGGUACGGCAGAGAGGUGGAGGAACUGAGGCUACAGUGGCUGCAGAGCAAGUAAACUAAUGGAGGUGGAUCAUUUUUGUUUUAUCAUUCCUUCCUGAACAUACCGCAGCAUUUACAGCCUUCUGAAUUGAAAAAAAAAAGGCAAGAAAACUUUCAGUCUUAUCAUCAAUAAAAUAACUGAUUGAUUCCAGAUCUUGUCUGGCACAGGGGAAUCAGUCUUAAACACUACCCACUGUACAUUCCAAGAAAUUUUAAUACUCAAAAUAUGCUCUUUUCCACAGUUUUGCUGAGUGUCAUUUGCCAAUGACAAUUGUUAAGAAUGUUAAGAAUACGGUAUUUAAAAUGGUAAUCAUUUAUUACAAUCAUCAGUUUAUAUUGUAGUAGAUACAAUUCACAAAGACUUGCUGUUCUUCUAAUAUAAUGUUGCCAAUGCUUUCUCUGCCUUCCUAGCUUCCAAAUAUACUUGUUUUGGGAUCAGUUGGUAGGAACCUUGAUCUAAAAUCAUGUUUAUCCUGUAGGUAUACAUGCAAUCUACUGCGCUUAGCAUGUGGAAAAUAACAAAACAUAUUACUGCUCAAAAUCACCACAGUCUUUUUCUGAAAACACGGGGAAAGCCAGGAUGGAUGUUACUGAUGUAAAUGCAAAACAAAAGAAAUCCACAUGGAUCAGGUUACAAUAGUGAAACGUCAACCAGGGCGUACAUUGGUGAUGGUAACAGAAAAUCCUGCAGCUCUUGUCCGAGCUUUCCUCACUUGGUGACGAAACAAAUAAUUCACGUACAUCCCAAUAGGAAGGGCACCUGUACAAUUAACAGCUUUCCAGUUUAAUAAAAUAUAUAUAUUUUUUUUUAUAUCAGCAUUUAAAGCUUUCUGUAACUUCAAACCACUUUAAACUCUAAGGUCGCUUUAAUAUAGUGACUCGUAGAGAAACGAGGAUAAGUCUCGGGACAAGAAAGUGGUGUUGGGGAAAACUAGUCCAGAAUUCUCCUCCAUACUCCCGCCGGGACACGUCUCACCCGAGAGGCCUAGUGGUUACUGAGGUCAGAGCAUCCUCUCGACAGUCACUGGGGACAGUGGUGGGAGGUGGAUGUCUCGCUCAGAGCAACGCACUGGUAUUUUUAGCCCUCGUUAGCCAGCGGGCAGAUGAUGCUGUGUCAUGAGAACACUUGUCACUUACUUCUCUUUUGACUCUCACAUUUCACAAAAGCAGCUUUAGCAUUGAACUUACAGGACUUUACAUUUGUAAUUCUUUGAUCAUUUCAUAUUAUACAAUCCUGUCAUCUUAAUUUGAUCAUACUAUUGGUUUUGUUUGUUGCAGCUGAUUUACCUGAAUGUAACUGAGGGUAACUUUUGUUAGAGGCCUGUACUGUGUAGGAACAUCUAACCUCUUGCUUUGUAUAGAAAUAAUUACUAUUCCAUACUGGAAAUUAACACCAGCAGUCUGAAAAACGGGGCCUUUAAUAAUUACUGCUCAUACUGUUUCUAUAUUCAAUCACAUGUUUAUAUUUUUGUUUCAUAUGUGCCUUAUGUUAUCAUUAUAACGCCAUUAUUGCACUUGCAGCCACUACCAUAAGAUUUCAGUGAUGGGAGUUUGAUGGGAGUUUCCUUUCCUGCUUUUGUGACUGUACCGCCAUUAUUCUUUCUUGGCAAAGGCUCAUCUCGGUGCAAUCACAUUUUGACAAUGGCUCAGUUCCUUCAGUCUGCAUCAAUGGACAGCACUAUCAUUUCUGUUAUACAAUUGGCUUGUACAGAAACAGCAAUGUGGAAUGAGUGGCACAGUGAUUUUGUUUUUUUUUUUUUUUAAAUAUUGACACGGUAUUCUUUUUUUAAAUCUAAAAUUAUUGUUGUAGUGUCUAUUUUAAUAAACUCCAGAAUAGCAUUACUGUCAUUACAGAUGUCAGUGCUCGGUUUUUUUAUUGUACAAUAGCAUUUAAAGGAAUCUGUGAAUGUGUCAAAUUAACCUUAUAAAUAAUAAUAGUAUCUAUCUUUAUUUAGGAGUGCCAAAUGAAGAAUGUAAACUAAAUGCACAAUAAUAAUUUUUUUCCCUGAUUGACUUCCAUAAUUGUUGUACACCUUUUCAGCGUUAUGGUAUGCAAUAAGAGUAUUAUUUUAAAUAACCAAUAAUAUGUAACACCUUGUCCAGAUAUGGUACCCUGAUAAGACGUUUGUUAACUAAGUAUUUGCUGCAAAACAACAAAAUAAAUAUGUUAUGUUGUG